AUGCGCCCCGAGCGUUCGGAGCGUCCAUACAACACUCGUCGCAAGUCGUUGUCGUUGCACUCGUUGGGAAUCCACGUUCCUGUAACUCACGCUGCCCGCGCCGCCGCUGCUGCCAGCCGAGCUUCUUCUUCUUCCUCCUCCAACAACUCUUCUACUCAGUCAAGUAUGGCUUCAUCAAACACAAAGGAAGCCCCCUCCAGGAGGCUAAAACGCGCGCACACUCAGGAUGACGAUGAUGCGCACACCUCAGAGCCGCUGCCCAAGAGGCGCGAUAGCCAGACAGUCAAGUUCGAAGACACUCCCCCGCCAUCCCCUCCUGCUGCCCAACAGUCCAUCGAGAUGGACGAGGAGGACUCGAAACCAAUCGACAUGGACGCCGUCAACGAUGAGAUCGUCGAGGCUGUCAUCGUUCAGCUCCAAAACACGGGCAACAGACCACACUUGGUGAAGGAGCUCGCUGCUGUCCUCAUGCAGCAGCUCAAGAUCGUUCAACAGUCCGCCAACCCGUGCGCCAUCAUUUCAUCAAGGUUAGCCACCUACUUGAAGCGCAGCGGCUGGUCAGCUCAGUCGCCUUGCCCGCUGGCCAAGGAGCUCGAGUCUGUCCACCCAAGGCGCACAUACUUUUACCUCACCACCUGCCCGCACCAGCCGCUCCCGGACCCGGCGCAAGCGGCCACCUUGAGCCACCUUGCGCACAGUCGCACCAUCAUCUCUCCCUCUCUGUCCAGUGGAGCUUCCAACUCUGAGGACGCCGACUCCGACGCCAUUCGGCGCCGCGAGCUGUCGCCCAGCCCGGAGGUGGAUCUCUCAAGCCCAGAGUUUGAUGAUAUGGAUGACGAAAUGCCGAGCACGCCUAUCGGCUCUUAUUCGCUUCCCGGCUUCUGCCUGCCCCCAACCUCUCGCUUCAUUGCCCACCACAGCAAUGGCCGCAGCAGCAGCCGUCGUGCGGCCUCGCCUCCUCUCGAAAAGGACGAGAAGGAGUUCACUCAGACGGCUACUGGCCUGCAAAAGAGGAAACUCAAUGGCGAUCUGCUCAGGGCCAACCCGCCUACCAUUGUCGAGCCAUUGCCCGUCUUGGAUCUUGAAAAAGAAGAGGGAUCGCUCUUUGGCGGGAACAACACAACCAGCAAUAACAAUGCGACCAAUCUGUCGUUUGUUUCAAGUCCCGCGAUCCGGUCUACAAUGUACUUCCCCGUCAGCAGGAAAGACCUCGAGACCGAAAGCUGGAAUAAAUGGGACAGCAUGCUGGAGUGGGACCGCAGCCCUGAAAAUAUCGAGCUUGACGAGCUUGAUGGGCUAUUGAGCGAUUACUGA